UCAUGCCCCUAAAACCUUCACUCUCACAGCUCCUAUAGGCAGCAUCCACUGCUGGUCCUUUUCAUUCCUCUUUUCUCUUCUAUCUUCUUCCAUUCCCACUUUACAUUACAAGCUAGACCACACUACGCGCAUAAAUCCAUGCCAUCAAGUGCUUGCAAUCAGCCUAGAUUACAAUUGUACUUUGUCCUCAGAAAAUGGACCCAGGACAUGAUUGCAGUGCACUUAUAGUAGAUAGAGAGACAUAUUUGGUGUGGGCUAUAUAGACUGCUAGAGCUAGAUUACAAUAUAAAUAGCAGUUCAUACGAGCGUGCGCAUCCGUGUGCUGUCAAGCGUCUGUGGUCACCUCUCAUUCCAUUCAGAAGACAUCAAGCUAGCUUGCUACCAGGCAGGAAGGUAGAUGCUAGCAAUGGAGCAGCACAACCAUCAGGAGGAGUCGUGUGUUCCGCCGGGGUUCAGGUUCCACCCCACUGAGGAGGAGCUGGUGGGGUACUACCUGGCCAGGAAGGUGGCCGCCCAGAAGAUCGACCUCGACAUCAUCCAGGAGGUUGAUCUCUACAGGAUCGAGCCUUGGGACCUCCAAGAGAAGUGCGGCGGCGGCAGGAGCGGACGGGGAGCACGUCAGAUGGCGGAGGACGAGCAGUCGUCGUCGGAGUGGUACUUCUUCAGCUUCAAGGACCGCAAGUACCCGAGCGGCACGCGCACCAACCGUGCCACGGCGGCCGGGUUCUGGAAAGCCACCGGCCGCGACAAGCCGGUGAUGUCGUCGAGGAGCCGAGGGGUCACCGGCAUGAGGAAAACGCUGGUGUUCUACAGGGGCCGUGCGCCUAAUGGUAGGAAGACCGACUGGAUCAUCCACGAGUACCGCCUCCAGACAAAUGAGCACGCGCCCACACAGGAGGAAGGUUGGGUGGUGUGCCGGGCGUUCCAGAAGCCGGCGCCGAACCAGAGGCCGUCCUACAUCUUCCCGGCAUACGCUGCAGCUCCAGGUCUCGGGGGCUACUACAACGCGCGGCCAUGGCUGCACGGCCAAGGCGGCGACAUCCAUUACCUGCAGAGCACCGCAGGCGCUGCCAGUGCCGGCGGCGUCGAAUUCCCUGGCCAGGGCAUCCAGUACCCUGACGACGUGCUGGAGUCUAAGCAGAGUCUCUUCGGCAACAUCCCGCAGCUGAUCGAGAGCCCGCCGACGACCACCGCCGUUGCCGGUUGCGGCGACGCCGGCUACGACAUCGUCCAGCAGGGACAGGCGGCGGCCGGCAUCGACUGGAACUUCCUGGACAGCCUGCUAUCCACGUCGCAGCUGCACCUACAGCAGUGAAGAGUUAGCAGACAUACCUACCGUAGCAGCAUCGAUUUCAUUGGAUACAUGAUUUGCUAAUAAUUAGUUAAUACUAUCAUUGAGUACAGAUAGUAGAUGAUGUUGCACUGCACACUUGGUUGUACCUAGAUAGACUACUCUGUUUCACUUACUGAGUCCAUGUGUCUACUGUAGAUCAUUCUGUUCCACUUACUGAAUAUAUGUGUUUCAUUGUAGGCUACUCUGCAUCACCUACUAAA